AUGCGUGGCCUAAUUUUGAAGCUUCAAGACCAACAGGAACAAAGUUCAGCAUCUCCAUCUCCAGGCUUCCUACGGAAGCAGAUCAACACACCUAGGAAAUUGGAUUCCCAGAGCACUCUGAUUUUUAGCAGAGUGUCUGUGAGUGAAGCCAUUGCAAUGGCAGGAUCCGCUAAGGCAAUUAGACGGUGCCCUAUGCUGGACAGAAAAACUCAAGGUCUUGCGGGAUAUGCCUCGACUGUCGACUAUGACCUUCUCAAAAAGUCAUCAAAAGUUUCGUAUACACCCUACCUGGUCACAUUGCUUCUAGAAAGACCAGGAAUUGCCACCGCAUACACAGGAGAACAAGUGAAAUCCUUUCUGGAUCUGGCUAUCAACGACAGUUUUGUAGCCAUUGUUCGAAAAGAAGAAUUAGCAAUCUGUGUUGAAUCCGCUGCUACGAAGCCUCCAAGCAAUUGCUGGGCAUUUCCCGCUUCCGGUUAA